AUGGGAUUAGCGAUUGUGUCGUUGGUUAGAGCAUUUUGGGUUGCUUCUAUACUUCCUAUGAUGAUCGAUUUGAUACCUAGUUCCAAGCUGAGUUCGAUUCACCAAUUCGUUUUGGGAUACUCUGGGAGAGGCAAGAUUCUUCAGUCUAAGAAGUCGACAGUUCCUCAGAAGUUCUUUGCUCACUUCUAUGUUCUCGGAGUGACGUGGACGAGUCUCCUGCUCGCUUCCACUUGGAUGUAUGCUUGCAAAAUGGCUCCUUUAUCUUCUGAAGAGUUAACCGGAGGAGCUUCCCAUGUCGAGCAUCGGUUAAAAGUGUGGCGAGCAGUGUUUCUACUUCUUCUGAUGGAAACUCACGUUUUGAGACGCCUCAUUGAGUCAUUCUACGUAUUCAAGUAUAGCUCUUCUGCUCGCAUGAACAUUAUUUGUUAUGUCGGCGGAUUGUUUUUCUAUAUAGGCGUACCUUUAUCGCUCUGCGUCAAUGUCGCUCCAGAGGUAGCAAGAUUCGCUUCUGAGAUCACUGCCAAUGGAAAAAGCCAUAACUCAGCUCCUGAGUUUGGUUUAUUGUUGUCUAUAAGCUCUCUGAUGAAGCUUGGAUCGUGUCAGUUGAUUGGUGGAGCCAUAUUUCUAUGGGGGUGGUUACAUCAACGCCGUUGUCACGCCAUUCUCGGAUCGCUCCGGGAAAAUCCUAGGCAAGCGAAUGAGUAUAUAAUUCCACAUGGAGAUUGGUUUGAGAUGGUCUCUAGUCCACAUUACUUGGCAGAAAUCGUCUUAUACGCUGGUUUGCUUAUUGCGAGUGGAGGAACGGAUGUAACUAUUUGGUUACUCUUUGGUUUCGUGGUUUGGAAUCUUACUUUGGCGGCUGGAGAAACGCAGCGGUGGUAUCUCCGAAAGUUUGAGAAUUAUCCGGCUAACCGGCGUGCCAUUUUCCCGUAUGUCUACUGA